AUGGACCGCCCGGAGCCUGGGCUCAUCAAAUGGUCGCAAAUCCCCGGCUACGACAGCUUCAUCCACAUCAACCUACAGCACCGCGUCGUCCAGCUGUACGAGCCCAACGGCCUUGCACAGCGGAGCAAGUUCGACUAUGAACGGCUUUCAAAGCAUGAUGACUUCCCGACCCUGACGACGUAUGACUGGUCUCCCACGGUCCCAGGCCUGCUGGCUGUGGGAACUCAGACGGGUGUGGUCAACCUGCUGAGGAUGGACGACAACUCCAACGCCUACAUCGAGUUGGGCCUUAAAAUGACAAGAACGUGUCAGGCGGUUGCGUUUAAUACCGAGGGUUUGCUUGCGGUCGGUUUGGAUCGUGUGCGUAUGGAUCAGUGCCUACACAUAUGGGACGUCAACCGCCUGUCGUCGAUGGACAAGUCUGCCAAGGGAUUCUCCAAGGAUAUGCACUCUUUUACGGAUCCUGCGUACAGGUUGGAGCCUAGUGUCUCUGUGUCGAGUGUCAAGUUCUUUGAGGACAACCCAAAGACAUUGGUUGUUGGAAUAAAGGCUCAAGGAUUACGCAUCCACGAUCUGCGAGAACCGAACAUUGGUGUCGUCACGUUUCAGACCAAAUGCAAUAACAAUUUGGCAAUAGACUACGCUGAUCAAAACUACUUUGCUUCGUCAGCGCUUGACCAGCCGGGCAUCAUGAUCUGGGACCGUCGAGCAACAUCCCGCCCGGUUGCUUCUCACUCGUAUCUUGGCGCAGUGGAUGAGGACGAGCUUCCAUGGGGUGGUGCACUCAGGCUUGACAGGGUCGUCGACUCUGACGAUGACCCGUCACUGAGCGAAAGCAAGCACUCGAUCGUCCGCUCUUUGCGCUACUGUAGAGACCACCGCGGUCUUUUGGCUGUGUUGUCGCGCACUGGGCAGUUGAAGGUCUUGAAGACAAACAAGGAGCUAACACCUCCCGACAUGUCUCUCGAGGGAAGCCCGGAGCUUUUGGAGGUUCACAAGUCUUACGACAUGGAUGUCCAGUAUGGUGAUAGCGGGAAGAAGAACGACCGGAUCGUCUCGUUCGAUUGGGUCACUCUGGACUCAGCUGUACUACAACCUCGAUUGGUUGUCUUGCGCGCCAACGGAACGUUUGAGAUUCUUGAGCAACCAUCAUAUACGUCCGACUACUUGUAUAAGCUAACGCCAUGGCAGCCGCCUCAUCGCGGCCUUGAAGAGAGCGGUCCGUAUCAUAACAUCAUGGAGUUUGAGCCAUCACAAUCCUCCGACAUGCUAGGACCGUUAUUCGUCGAAGAGGCCCUCUCAGAUAUAGCUAUUUUUGGACCAGACAAAGUCGAUGUCCAGACUAUUGUCGACAAGACGCUACAGGCCAGAUUUUCUGCGGCAGACCUCAACACCCAAAACCUAUCUACCGAGUCGCAGUGUCUGCUAGACCAUGUCAUGCUUUUGCGCGCAAAGGAGAAGUACUUAUUUGACUGCAAUGUCAAUCGGGCAGUGGUUUCCGAUGACCCCUGGCUGCGAUACAUGUGGGAUUGGAUUGCAGACGCGGAGGACGCUGCCCAGGACGGGGGCAUGAAGUUAUCCCCUUUGGACUUGAGUUACAUGGGUGUCUGUACAAUUUGGUGUAAUGAUCUAGGCCAGAAGCCAUCAUCGAGAUUACCUGAGGCAUCGCCGAUGCCCGAGACAACGCUUUGGGAGAAGACGAUUGGAAGCAUCUGCAAGAGACGUAAACUGCCAAAAUACGAGGGUACUCAGACCAAGAAGCCAUUUCACAGGCAGUUAUGCUUGGAUAUUUGCGGAUGGGGAGAUAAUGCAGCACACGAGGCGAGGGGGGCUACACACGACCCAGGCGAGGACUAUCCAACAACGGCUCACACCAUGGCGGCGGCUCGAGCUCUCUUCAAAGGGGAAACCCAGGAGGCGAUUCGAAUAUUAAAGACGGCGAGCGUGACGCACCCAGAGCUUCUCUUCGUGUCGCUCGCGCUGCAACUCAUCGGCAGGAGUAACAACAAGCUCAGCAAGGAACAGCUGGACUUUGACGAAGCCGUUGCGUCAAAGACGGAUCCGUACCUCAGGGCAAUCUCGUCGCUGAUUGCUACAGGGGACUGGUUUGCCAUUGCGAAUCAGAAGUCGCUGCCUCUGUCGGACCGCGCAUACGUGGCCGUCAGGAACUUCGACGACGAACAACUCACCAAAUGGCUGCAUGAACAAGUUUCGAUGGCAGUGGACACCGGAGACGUCGAAGGGAUCGUUCUCACGGGUAUCACGGACAGGCUGGUGGAUAUCUUCGCCAAGUACGUCCAGAAGUUCAACGACUUCCAGACGGCCACGCUGGUCAUGUCAAUAUGCGCGCCGCGAUACAUUGACGACUACCGGUGCCUGGCGUGGCGCAAUGCAUACAGAGCAUACCUCCAGCGUCACAAGGCAUUCCUGCAACGAACCAAAUUCGAGGUUGAAAGCACAAAGAAGAGCAAACGUGGGGGACGUCCGACCAUCAAGCCGCCGUCACGGCAGAUUGCGCUUCGGUGCGUCUACUGUGACGCGGAGACGACUCUCGCAGGGCAAGGGGGGCCUGGCGCGGGACCACCUCCCGGAGCACCCGACUCGCGGAACCCGCUCAUGGCGACGAGCAUCAAUGCGGGAAUCAGCUGUCCCAACUGCGGGCGUCACCUCCCGCGAUGCGUCGUGUGCCUGGAGGUGGUUGGCGUUCCGAGAUCUGACCGGCCGGAGCUCAACGGCGAGCCGGAGAGUUGGAUGGCAGCCAACUUCCCGACGUUCUGCCUCAAGUGCGAGCAUGUGCUUCAUCUGGACCACGCCAGACAGUGGUUCACGAGACACGUCGAGUGCCCUGUGCCCGAGUGUCGCUGCCGAUGCAACUUUCGAGCCAACCCGGAGCUUUCGUAUCAUUAA